AUUUAAAAAAUGACGCGAUCUAAAUGGCAAAAGAUUUUGUACGAGGAUCAGGGAGUUAGUGAUAAUUAUGUUGAUGAGACAUUUUUGGAUGAACUCAGAAAAAAUCUGUAUAUCCGAUCCUAUGAUUACUGGAGAGCUGCUCAGGAGUCAGGUACAUUUACUCAACAAAUGUGCAGUGUUUGCAUCUUUGUUGUUGUCUUCAUAUACAUGGAUCAAGAAAAGUUGAGCCCUCAAGUACUUUUCAUUGUUUCUUCUCUUUUGACUCUUAUUGGUUAUUGCAUUAAAGUUAUCAUACAUGACAAACAAGAAAUUGACAAUAAAAGAACAAAAAUGGAUGAUCUGAAGACAGCUGUGAUAUUUGUAUCAUUCAGUUUAAUUCUGUGUCCAGUACUUGUAUCUUUGACACAGACCAUCAGUACAGAUACCAUUUAUUGCAUGAGUACAGUAAUGUUGCUCUCCAAUGUUCUCUUCCAUGACUAUGGUCCUCAUUCUGCUGUUGUGUCAAGUCCUUUGUCAUUGAAUGCAGCUAUCUUUGCUGCUGUUUGUUUAGCAUCAAGACUCCACACACCUUUACAUGCUUUCUCGAUUGUGACUUUUGCACUUGAAAUCUUUGCAUUGUGGCCUAUGCUUCGAAUAGAGCUAAAGAAAAGAGGCUCUAUUUGCCAAAAUACAAUGAGUGUUUUAGUUGGUGUGAUAGCCAGUGUAGCAUUGUGGUCUGUGUCACCUUUUGGAGCAACCAUUUUUAUCACUGUUCAUCUCCUGAUCAAUUUUGCUUGUCCAGCAUGGCUUUGCAGGCUUCAGUCAUCUAAGAACAAUAUUUAUGGUCCUUGGGAUGAAGCCAUCAUCAACAGCAUAGAACAUCCAAAGGCUACUAGAAACUGAUAAAUUCACCAAAGAGUUAACAGUUUUUUUUCAAUGUUGAUGUAUAUAUUUAAAAGCUGAAAUGUUCCAGAAGUCUGUAAGUAAUCAUAAACUAGGAAGAAUUUGAGAUUCUAUAAAAACACUUGGCUAAAGUCUCUUUGAUUGGGUGAAUGUCACUCAUCAACUUGUAAACAUCCUUCAUCAGUAUCUGCUUCAAGGUUGAUAAUGAAAUAUCUGAGAUUAACAAUUACUUUAAGAGACCAUGUCUUUAACAUUACGAAACAAAACUAAUUUAUUUGGUCGCUUCUUAAGGGUAAUCGUAAUCUAACCCUUUCGUUAUUGUCUCACUAGUUAUCAAGAUUCUACAAUCAAUCUGUCAAAUAAUCCUUCACUGCUCACCACCACUGUUAAUAUCCUGAACAAUUUCCUUGAUUGAUCCAGUUAACAUCAGAAAUGAUUUUAUGUUGGUGAAAUCCUAAGUAUUAAGAGUGUGAAUAAUCUAUGUAGGUAGAGAUUAGGUUUGAUAAAUAGCAAGAUAUUGCCUCUUCCUUCUUGAAUUUAAACUUCUGAGAGGAUUUUACUUAUGCUGUCUUUAUUGCCACCUGUUUCUUGUUUGAGUGAUUCUUUAAGGACAGCAAUGGUAUGAAAUUGGUUUCUUUAUCUGGAAUGAAUCAUUGUCAAAAUGUUUAUCAACAGAUAACAUGGUGUAAUUCGUUCAUCUUGUUCAGGGAAAAUAAAGGCAAAGUAUGUAGAGAAUAUAUAAUUUUUUCCUUGGUAAAUAAUUAAUAAUCCAAGGCAAUAUAUUUAAUUUCAUUUACAUAUUUAUCUUCAUUUGUAAAAAGCUGUUCUGAGAUGUCAUUUCACAUUAGUCUGAAGUGUUAGACAAUCUUGUAUAUUAUGUUCAAAUAGUUGAAGAUAAAAGAAGGUUAAGUAAUAAUUGAUAACUAUUUUUGUUAAAAUUGUGUUGUGGAUAACUCAGAAAGAAGAAUAGUGGAGUAAAUUGAUAAAGCUAAAAUGUUUAGUUUAUAAUUAAAAUAAAGAGCAAUAAAUGAAUACUUGAUUGUUGCUGCUUUAGGCUUAAAAAGAGUUAGCUAGAUGUUAGUAUUAUAGGAAAACUUUUGGGAAAUUUCCAUUGCAGCCUUUUGGGAAGGCAGGGAAGUUGAGUGUUCAACCAUUUAUUCUUUUUUUCAUUUCAGUCAUGUGGCUGCAGUCAUGCUAGUGCACCACUGUGAAGGUUCUUGACAUUCCACAUGUAUAUGCCCAAAAUGUGAGUUAAAAUAGCUGAUUGUCUCUCUGCCUUCACCAAUAAACUGAAAUGGAAAAUUUCCAGAAUUUUCCUGAGGUUCCACGAAAUGAUCAAAUGAACUAGGAAAAAAGUUUGCCAGCUUUUUCUCUGUAUGACAUUGUGGACUUUAUUGAUCUCAGAAAUUCUCCUGUCGACUACAAUUUUGUUUUGUCUUCUAACAGAGGCUUUCAGGCAUCUGUAGAGAUUCAGAUUGAUACUAUUCUCUGCAUGGGAUCAUUGGUAGUUUAUCACUGAUAGUGGCCAGUCUUUUCUCAUCUGAUAUUUCUGGUGCUUCCUGUCUUUUUUGUCUUGUUCAAAUAAUUUGUAGCCCAAAUAACAGACUUUCUUUUUUUCUCUUUCCUUUGCAACAGUUUUGAACUGUUUUGGCUGGAUGUCACAGAGUGUGAGGUUUCACUUCAAGAUGUCUCUGAACUUCAGUUAUGGUCUUCCAAGAUGACGCUUUCCUGUCACCAGUUCAGAAUUAAUAUAAUCUUUGAAGAGUCAAUUAUUAUUCAUCCUUUGAAUAUAUCCAAUGCAGCUGAGUUGAUGUCUCAUGAUCAUUGUUUUGAUGCUUGCAAUUUUUGCUUGUUGUAGGAUAUUGGUGUUGGUCUUUUAUUCCUAAUUAAUACCUAGUGCUGAGAAACGUUUUGAUGGAACUAUUCAUUAAGAAGUUGAUGUCUUGCAAGCAUAAAGAAGUGUGCUGAUAACUACCGCUUGGUAUGCAGACAAUUUGGUGUACCAAGCAGUAGUUAUCAACACACUUCUCUACACUUGCAAGACAUAGACUUCUUAACAGACAGGUUGGUGGUAGUUUUGAGUUUGAGGUCCUUGAAAACUCUUUGAUAAACUAUUCUAUAUGGAGUAUGGGCCGCACAUAUCCUGUUGUUGAUUUUGUCAGUGGUUGUAUUUGAAGAUUAAAAUGGAACCAAGUUAUAGAAAGCAGGA